AUGGCGGAGCGAUGGCGCCCCGAAACCCAUACGUUCCACCUUCCGGAGGGGGAAAUGACGAUCACCCUUAAAGAUGUCGCGAUCCUCACUGGGCUGCCGAUUUCUGGAAAAGCCAUCAUUGGGAGCACUACCAAACCCUAA